AUGCACAGGAUCAGUAUUCAAAGAUUUCUUGAAGCAGUAAAAAGUGUCAGUUCAUUAAAUAAUUGUAGAGCCAUUAGUAAUUGCAAGACUUUUAUUUAUAAUACUGAUGUGGAAGUGGCAAAAAGAAAUGGGUUACCAAUUGUGGCUUUAGAAUCUACAGUUAUUACUCAUGGGAUGUCAUAUCCUGAUAAUUUAAAGACAGCUCUUAAAGUCGAAGAUGCAAUUAAAAAAAAAGGUGCUAUACCUGCAACUAUAGGGAUUAUAAAUGGGCAGAUACAUGUUGGUUUAAAUGAGGAACAAUUGCAAUCAUUAGCUAUAAGAGAUUCAGGAAGAACAAUUAAAUGUUCAUCCAGAGAUAUAUCAACAGCUGUUGCUCAAAAGCUAAAUGGAGGAACAACUGUUAGUGCAACAAUGUGUAUAGCAAAUUUAUCAGGUUUGCCUAUAAUGGCAACUGGAGGUAUUGGUGGUGUUCACUUUGGGGUAGAGUCAUCUUUUGACAUUAGUACUGAUUUAAUAGAGCUUGGUCGUACUCCUGUAGCUGUGGUGUGUUCUGGUGCUAAAUCUAUCUUAAAUAUUGAAAAAACAUUAGAAUAUUUGGAAACUCAAGGAGUUCCAGUUAUAAAAAUUGGUGAAACAAAUUAUUUUCCUGCAUUUUACUGCACUGAAACAAUUCAAAAACUAAAAGCACCACAUAGAGUAUCAAACUCAAAAGAAGCAGCAAACAUUCUAAGAACACAGAGGAAAUUAGGUCUUCAAACAGGAUUACUGUUUGCUGUUUCCAUUCCUGAAAAAUAUGCAUUAGAUUCUGAAGAAAUGGAAUCAGCCAUACAUAAAGCUUUGGAAAAUGCAAAGUGUAAAAAUAUAAGAGGAAAAAAUGUAACACCAUUUUUACUAGAGGAAUUAAAUAAAAUCACACAUGGUCAAUCACUUCAAUCUAACAUGGCGCUCAUAGAAAACAAUGCAAGUGUGGCAGCAGAAAUUGCAGUGAAUCUUGCUAAGAAAAAUUUUCAAGGUUCUAUCAGCACCAGUGCAUCCCAGUGCCUUCUGACACCAAAACAAAAUCCAAUUGUAAUUGGUGGAGCUAUAAUGGAUACCAUAUUGCAAGUGAAGGAAUCUGAGAUAAUAAACGAUGGUAGAAUGUACGCUGGUAGAAGCAGAGAAAGUUGCGGCGGAGUCGGACGAAAUAUCGCCAAUUCCUUGAUCAGCCUUGGUCUGAAUGCUACUCGGUUAAUAUCCGCCGUUGGUAACGACCAGCCUGGGAAAGCUAUAAUUAAAAGUCUAGGAGAUGAUGGUGGCCACACCGUCGAGCAGUUGUCAAAUAUGAAUACUGCUAGGUGUGCAGUGAUCAUAGACCACAGAGGCGACUGUCGUUUGUUAAUCAGUGAGAUGGAUGUGCUCGCUAAUAUCAAGGCAGAUGUAGUGAAGAAGCAUAAAUCGUACGUGGAGAACGCCAGUUUUAUUAUUCUCGAUGGAAAUCUACCGUUUGAGACGAUUCGAUACGUCUUGGACCUUGCAGCAUCCUCAAAAAUUCCAGUUUGGUAUGAACCUACGGAUACGUUAAAGGCAACAACACUAUUUGAAGCAAAAGGACAAUGGCAAAAUGUUUUGCACUUUAUAUCUCCAAAUAAAAAUGAACUGGCAGUCAUUGGAAAAUAUUUUGGCAUACCAGUACCUGACAAUGAAUUAGCGAUGGACAUAGAAAUAGUGAAAGCAAUUGCAGAACAACUAGCUGAAUUUAUACCAGUGGUUAUAAGUACAUUAGGAUCAGAAGGAGUAUUGGUCGUUCGUAAAGCCUUGGGAAAUGAUCCUUUUUAUGAUAAAGAAGGUAAAUUGGUUGCUCAUACUGUGAUCAAUUCUCGUUUAUAUCCGCCUCUAUCUCAUAUUUCCGACGAUUCAAAUGAAACAUUAAGCGUAAGCGGUUGUGGCGACUGUCUUACUGCUGGAAUAAUUUAUGGGAUUCAUAAAAAUUUCGAUGAAACUACUUGUCUUUCUUUGGCUCUAAAAGCAGCCUCACUUUCUUUAGUUUCAUUAGACGCGGUUCCUGCUUCACUUUCAUCAUUAUGCAAUGAUAUAAAAUGUUGACGAUCGUUGACAAUUAUUAGGAAUAAUAAGCAUCGACAAAAAUACUUUGUACUUUAUAUGGAAAACUUUUUAAAAUGGAAUAAAUAAAUGUUUGGAAUUAUAAUAAUGUUCAACACUUUU